AUGGGGAUUUAUUCUGUGUGCAAGAGUCUGUGGAUUUUCUGUGUAACUUGCUGCCUUCUGCCCGUUAUUCUCAUUUGGUAUCCAUUCGUUUCAGUUGUCAGACGCAUUUGGCUGCUUCUGCUCAAAUGGCAGUAUCCGGAAUUGGCAUUUUCGCCCACAAACACCGUAAGGAGUAUUGCCGAUACGGCAAGGAAUCCGGGGAUACUGCAUAUUGUGCUUCAGGUGGAGGGGGAAGCAUGGAAUGCUGAUGCAAUGAAGACAAAGAUGUUUGAGCAUGUUCUGGAGAGGAGGAACAAAGACACUUCUCUGGCAUUUCCCUUCAUGAAGUGCACUUUGCACAACAAAUGGGGACACUAUGCCUGGGCAAAUGCAUCCAGAGACUUUGACAUCGAUAACCAUGUGAUCUUCAGCCAGGAGGGAUACAGAGGACGUCCGGUGACUGAUGCCAAUGUCCAGAUGUAUCUCAGUGAGCAGACAUCCAAGUUCCUUCCCCUCAACCUUCCCCCUUGGCAGAUAAUAAUCGUGCCAAUUUAUCAGCCACAGAGAUCCCAUUCAAGUUCCUCGGAAAAUCCUGUUCUCGUCAUGGAUCACUACUACAUCCUCCUGAGAUUCCAUCAUCUUCUGCUCUCGGACAUGCCCAAUUUGCGCAUCUGCGAUCUCCUUCUGGUGGAAAGUGGGAAGCCAGCUGUUCUGGCUGAGGAGAAAGUCGACGAAGAGAGUCAAUUCCUGCCUUUUAGCAAUCUCAUUGAGUCUCCAAAUAGUAUCCUGGAACUCUAUUCGCGCAUCACCGUGGCCAUUACGAAUCGAUGGAAUGAGUUUAUCUAUCGGCAUGAUCCGCUUGAGUCUCCGGAUGGAUUGAAGAAGAAAGUGAAGGAAUUGUCACAGCUGCUGUCUCUCAUUCUGAUUGCGGGAGUUUGUGUAGUCAGUGAUUUCUGGCGAGGGUAUCAUGCCAUCCGGGCACAUCCGUCGGAGAAGUUCAAGUACUUUAUGAGUCUCGUGAGGCGGGAGGUGAGGAGGAGGAAUCUGUCGUGGGAAAUUGUGGGAGAUUGUAUUCUGGAUGCUGUGGAUCCGGUGUCGAUUACCAGGAGGAUUGUUAGAGGAUUUUUCUGGGUGAUUGGGCAGGCUAUUGUUAUCAUUCCGUGUGCAAUCAUCAGGGAAUGCAUGGCUAUCAGGUGUUGCCUGUUCCUGGGACAUUGCGGAUAUCCGAAUACGAUUAUUGGGUUCCUAUUUGAGUUCACUCCUUUGGUUUAUGGGGCAUUGAGGGAGAUCCUCGAAGCUUUUAGAUUGAUCAUUGUGGCCCCAAAGUGUCUCUAUGAGAGUCUAAUUGCUGGAGGACGCGGGAAUAGCCAUGGGAUCAAGACUGUCACAAUUUGUGGGCGGAAAGUCAUUUCCUGGUCAGAGAUUGUGGAGAAGGAACAAGUGAAGGAUUGUGCCAAGAGAUCGGGGGCUUCCGAAACUGAAAUUUCCCUGACAAUGCUAGCAGCUUCCAUUAGAGAUGCCCUUGAGGACUUUGGAGAUGUUCCUGUGCCAGAAACUGUCGAUGUUUCUGCCAGAAGUGUCCAUCAGGAUUGCCUAAUGGGGAGAAUGUCGAGAUCUUACGGAGUUGACGGGGUGAUUUGCCUCUCCUUGCCACUGGGAAAUGGCGGGAAGGAACAUUUGGCAAUCAUGAGGAAAACUCUUCAGGAAGCCAGAAGAACAAAUAUUGCUCUGUACACAAUUACGGGAUUUGAAACAAGGAGGACAGUGAUGACGAAUGUCUUCACCUGGGCUUGGAUCAAACUCCUGACAAACUAUCUCUCAAAGAAAUUCUGCAUCACAAUCACAGAUACCGUGGAGAAUACCGCGAGGAGAUAUAGAACUCUCUGGGGACAUCCAGUGAUCGAUAUGAUUUACUUUCGACCACCCAUGGCCAAUACAUCGCUCUCCCUGACCCUGCAGAAGUUUGGUCAGCACAUUCGACUUGGUGUCAUUGCUGAUGCUGAGCUAACACCAUGCCAUGUUGACAUUGCCCGUUCCUGGACGAAUUACAUGAGACAAUUCUAGAGUCCCGCGAGAAAAAAAGAAGAAUUUCAAAUUUUGGAUCAAGUUUAUUAAAAAUAAGAUACAAUCAA